AAUCUCUGUCGUCAACUACAUUUAUCUUGAAAUUUAUCAAAAAGAAAAAAGUGGUUGCCAGGCUGGUAACCAGGCAUUAGGUUUUCAUUGCCGAAAAGUGAACAUAUGCUAGCCAUUUUUAGUCAUUGAUUAUUAAGGGUAAGAAAGUAUCUGUGCAUCAUUUGGUGUAUUUGUCCCUCUUUUUCCUUAAUUCCAGGACCUGACCAAAAUUACAUGUGUGUAUGCAUAGUGGAAAUACUUAAAAUGUAAUAUGGCCACAGCAACAUUUUUAGCAGCUUCUUAGAAAACCUCACAUGGAAAUUAUUUUUAAAAUCAUAAGGAUUCCUGAGGAUUCCUGCUUCACACCCUGGUUUCCAAAAAGACAGGAAUGCUGCUCCAGUCCUGAUAAAUUUUCUGUUUUUUAAUUAAUUAAUUUUUUAAAUAUAAAUUCAUUAAAUAAUAUAGCUAUUCGUUGUGUCACAACCAUAACAGGUCAAAUCAGCAGCCCUUCUAUAUCAAAACUAAGUAUUUUGAUUUGCAUUGAGAGAACUUUAGCAACUUUAAUCCUGAAAAAUGGCUCCUUAAUAAAACUGCUGUAAAAUUCAUAAAUAUAUACCCUUUUAUCAGCCCAACAGAUGUCAACUCUGUAAGAUCUUACCACAGACAUCCAGUAUGUAUGCUACUUCAGAAAAAAUGAAAUUACUGGAAGACCUGAUGAUACCCAGACCAUCAAGACUUUGACCUUUUUAAAUAUAUAAUUUCUCAGCAUAAUUGAAGUUAACAUCAAAAACCCCAAGAAGAAGGUUUCUGCUCUAAUUAUCAAGAAAGAGUGACUUUAAGAGGCCCUUUGUAAAAUCAGUUUGCCCGUGCAGACAGGAUGUGUCUCACGUUAUCAUGGUGAUGAGUGGAGGAAGCUGUCAGGAAAAAAAGGCCCCAAAGUGUUAUGUAACACCGGAGGCCUCUGAGAUGAAAAACAAGGCCAAGAAUCAUCCUACAAGAAUAAGACACGCAUUAUUAAUACUGAGGGAAUUUUAUUAUAUUUUUUCCACUCUGUUGUUAUUUAUGUUGCAUACACACAGGCCUGAUAUACACACAUGCACAAAGUAAACCUACACACAUGCUUUAAAUGGAGAGAUGUCAGCACGAGGGGGCUGCCCAUUGAGAGGCGCUCCAAACAAAGUUGGAGGUUGGUCUUGCUCAAGGGCACCUCAGCAGUGCCCAGGUGACCAUAAUUGGUCAGGACAGGGACUUGAACCCUUUGGUUCCCAAGUCUCUACUGCAGCCCCAAUCAUAAACUCAUUUGAGUUAGCCGAGUGCUAAACCAGAAGUAAGUGGUCAUUUUUAUACUCGGUAGUUAAACUUUUUUGGCUUCAUGCACCACUGAGUACCUUUCACAGAAAUGAGCCAUGGAUACAUAAAGAGACCUGGAUACAGCAUUCACACAUUAAUUCACACUAAUGAAUGAGGCCAAAAAAAAUCUCUAUUUCUGCAGUAUGAAAUUACCCAAAUGAUUACCCAAAUGGUCACAUUUUACUACUUUUGCAUAAUGUGUGAAACAUUUUUUUUAAUCGUCUGAGCUUUCAAAGGGUUAAUGCAUCUUUAGUCUGAUUAUAAUCAAAAGUUUUAAUAAAUAGAAUUGUAAAAUAUGCCAUCCUGCAUAAUAAACGCUUUGAGAAGGCUAUUUUACUUAAAUAAAAGAUGUUUACUUUCGCACUAUGUACUGCUAUUUUUACAUUAAAAAAGACGAGUACUGAUUGGUAACCUUUUUCUAUUUAUUAUUUGGGCUUUUACUUUGAAAUUCAGGGACGCGCACCGGAAGUAUUGUCCUUAUAUGACACUGAUUUGCAGUCAAAAACAUUACGCCCACUCACUGGACAUCACUGAGCUCAGUCCAGUCACAAUAGCGAAGUUGACAAUGUAAAAUAAGUACGCUAAAAAAUGGAGACCAUGGUCAGUGUACUCGGCCUUGAUUGGAUGGACGGCAGCAGCAUUUUGAUAUUUCUGUGUGUUUUUCUAUUGUUGGCUGAUAUUUUGAAGAACAGAGCGCCGCCAAACUUUCCUCCAGGCCCAUGGCCUUUUCCUUUCGUUGGUGACCUUCCACGCAUAAGUCCCACCAGGAUCCACCUGCAGAUGAGAGAGUUUGCAGAGAAAUAUGGAAACAUUUUCAGCCUGCAGCUCUUUGGUGGAAGGGUUGUGGUCCUCUACGGCUACAAGCUUGUGAGAGAGGCCCUGGUCCAAAAUGGAGAGGACUACAUGGAUCGUCCUUCCAUACCACUGUUUGAAGAAAUAACGGGGAAUAAAGGUCUGGUGAUAUCGAAUGGCACUCAGUGGAAGGAGCAGAGGAGGUUUGCUCUUCGUACGCUCAGAAACUUUGGUUUGGGCAAGAAGACGCUUGAGCCAUCCAUCCAGCAGGAGUGCCAUUACCUCGCUGAGGCUUUGUCCCUUCAGCAAGGGAAGCCUUUUAAUGCCCAGGCACUGAUCAACAAUGCUGUGUCCAACAUCAUCUGCUGCCUGGUGUUCGGGGAGCGUUUUGAGUACACUGACGAGAAGCACCAGAGAAUUCUUCAGGACUUCAAUGAGCUAUUGUACUUAGAGGGAGGUGUGUGGGCACAGAUUUAUAACCUAGCACCCUGGCUGAUGAAGCGGCUGCCUGGACCUCACAGGAGGAUUUUCUCUCUGACACAAAAUUUAAUUGACUUUAUUCAAAUAAAGAUCAGCGAACACAGAGAAAGCAUUGACCCCUCCUCACCAAGAGACUACAUCGACUGCUUCCUCACAGAGAUGGAAGAGAUGAAGGACAACGUUCCUGGUUUUAGUUUUGAUAAUUUAUGUUUUUGCGCUCUGGACCUGUUUGGUGCUGGAACUGAAACCACUACCACAACUUUACACUGGGGACUUCUCUACAUGAUCUACUACCCUCACAUACAACAGCAAGUCCAGGCUGAGAUAGAUGCUGUCAUUGGUUCAUCCAAACAGCCGUCUAUGACUGACAGAGAAAACAUGCCCUACACUGAUGCAGUCAUCCAUGAGAUACAGAGAAUGGCCAACAUCAUUCCCCUCAAUGUGAUGCGCAUGACAAACAAGGAGACCACGCUUGACAAGUACACACUCCCAAAGGGCACAUUUGUCAUGCCCACACUGAUCUCGAUCCUACGUGAUGAGUCGAUUUGGGAAACUCCACAAUCCUUCAACCCUCAACAUUUUCUGGACCAGGACGGAAAAUUCAGAAAGAGAGAGGCCUUCAUUCCUUUUUCAGCAGGAAAGCGUGUGUGUCUCGGGGAGCAGCUGGCCAGGAUGGAGUUAUUCCUCUUCUUCACCUCCCUCCUUCAGAGGUUUUCUUUCUCAGCCCCCGCUGGAGAGCAGCCCAGUCUGGAUUACAAGUUAGGAGCCACUCUGUGUCCUAAACCUUAUAGACUCUGUGCCGUACCACGAUAAACCACCAGCUGAAUCUCUGUCAUCAACUACAUUUAUCUUAAAAAUAUCUCCUGUAUUGUUAUUUAACCAUGGUCACUCAACAGUAACUUUUAAAAGUGGCUGUCAGGCUUGCAAACAGGCACCAGCUUUUGGUUGCCAAAGCUAAAAAACAUGGUUGCCAAUUUAAGCAACCUUAUAUUUUUAAAUAAUUAAGAUACUAUGCAUUAUAUGUCACCUUAAUAUGUUUAAGGAAUGUUUGAAUGUUUUAUAACUGUAAUUGUGUAAAAUUCUUGAUAGUUUGUGUUUUAUUUGACACAAGGUUAAGUGUUAUCAGUUGAUGCGUUAGCUGGUCAGCAGGUGUACCACCUCCCACCUCCUGCAGCCUCCACAUCAUUAUGUUGUUGAGCUGUCCGCUCGUCUUGCUUCGAGCUUCGGUGUUUGGCCUCGUGGUUGUGUAGGAAGUGCUGACUUGAGCUCGUGAACUUCAUUUGUCACUUGUCGAGGUUUAUGUUGUGCAUGUAUUGAUUUCCGUCCAGCUCAAAGAUGACGGGAUGCUUUUCCUCCCAAGAUUUGCUGUUUUUAGUUCAGGUUUAUCUGUUUUUAUCAAUCAAUCUGAUUAUAAAUUCAUGAUGUUGA